AUGCCAACCUGGCAUUCAAUGGUGACUCAGUUGGACGACGACGACAUCUCUGAACCUUGUUUGCCUUUGACACCACCCGAUGAGAUCCAGACCCCCUUUUGUGAGAGUGAGCCCAAUACACAGCAGAGGUUUGUUCAUGAGGCCCCACAGAGGUGGCGAUGUCUGAAGUGUUUUUCAUCGGACUAUACCUGGAACUGGAUGAGAGAUCAGUAUGAGUGUUUUAGCUGUGGCAGUUGUGAGUUCUUGCAGGAACUUCCCCAGACUGUGCCUAGCGAUCGCUCUUGGAUGUACCGACCUGCCGACGGUGAUUUUCCCGGUGAUAUCAACCGUGCCCCAUCUGAAGCCGGAACUUCGUCUUCACAACGAAGGCGACAGCGCAGAAGACAGAGAGGCAAAGGGAAUCCACCCUGGCAUCCAUCUGAUGCGGCUGAAUGGGCCGAGUCUGAAGCUAUGACCCAUGACCCAUCCAUUGAUCCAGAUGCACCACUUCAUGUACCAUCAGUUCAAACUCCUCAUGAAGUACAUGGUAAUCGUUCGCUUGCUGGCAAUUCUGCAGGUGCUGCCCGAGCACACCCUUCAGCUGCCGGAAGUGGACGAUCCAAUAGCGUGACUUCGAAGCCGUCAGAAGACCGUUUGCUUUCUGCACUUCGGAGGCUCGUGUCGGAUAGGAAAGAUGAUGAUGAAUGGGACCCAGCAAAAGGUCCAUCGAAAGGAAUCCGCUGGAGAGGUGGCACUCCGCCUCAAGCACCAACCUGGUCAUAUGACAAGGAGGAUCUCCGAGCUUACAACAAAUAUGUGAGAAAGGUGGAAAUCUGGCUUUUGCAAGUUGCCCCAUACAUGACACGAAAGGAAGCAGCACUUCAGCUCUACGGCGCCCUGGCCGGUGAACCAGAAGCUGAGUUGGAGCACUGCCCCAUCACCGACAUUUAUCAAGAUGACGGCGUGGAGCGCAUCUUGGAAGCUCUCAAAGCGCCGAUGGAGCAGAAGCAGGUGUAUCAGAAGCGCAAGUUCUUGCAUGAGUUUGAGAACAUCAGGCGUAACCAUGGCGAGACAAUGCGUGCCUACUGCAACCGUUUCCGUCGAACUCAGCGUGCUUUGAAGAGCGUGGGCAUUGAGAUUUCCUACACCUAUGACCAUGAGGCCCUGGGAGCUCGCUUGCUGGACCGCUCAGGCCUUAGCCACGAGCAACAGAGGCUCCUGUUGGUAAGCACCUCCCAGAACUUGGCCUUCGACCAGUUGGCUGAAGCUAUGGCCCUACAGUUUCCUGAUUUUCGAGGAGCCCCGCCGAUCGUCGGUGCUAAUGGCCGUGAAAUUCCCAAAGGGAACUCCAAAGGUGGUAAAACCAAUCCCGGCCAAAACACUACAUCGCCGUCGAGCUCUUCGACCAGGACUUCUUCAAGUUCUACACACUCUGGCAAGGGAUAUCCAAAGAAGGCAUACGUGGCUGAGGUUGAAACACCAGCCGCACCUGAGGACAGCAAUGAUCACCUCGACACCAUUGACGAGGACGAUGAGCCACCAGACCAAGAAGAUGACCAAGAGCCAGACGAUAGCGUCCAUGACACUGAAGCUGAAUCUGUGGACUUGUCAGAGCUGGCACAAGUUCUGACUAUCACUGCAAAGAAGCUGAGCGGCUUGACCUUGGGACGCAAAUGGUCCAAGACAAAGCCUGGAUCGCAGUCUUCUACCAGAGAUCGCAGGUCACCAGAAGAUGCCAAACGCAAUACCCAUUGCUCUGCCUGCGGCCAGCGAGGACACUGGUAUCAAGACCCAGAGUGCCCUAAAAAUCAGGGUAAGACUUCUUCGAGCGCUACCUCCUACGCUUCGAGCAAAAAGUCAUCAGCGCCAUCCAGCAGCGGGAGCAGCAACAAGCCCAAGUUUGCAGUGAAUCUCAUCCACCAUGAGCAUGGUUCAAUUUCAAUAGGAAGUCAUGAUCAAGAAGAUCACCAAUAUGGCCAAGCAUUUUCAGUUGGUAUGGUUCACCACAUGGAUACCUAUGACGUGCUGACCUCACACCAUGAAGAUACGUUUGCAGGUUUUCUUGUUUUGGAUUCGGGUUGCCAACGUACAUGUUGCGGUCAGAAGUGGUUGCACUCCCACAUGAAGAAGCUACAGCAGCAUGCGUUGACACCUUAUUCAUUUCAGGCAGAUGAUGUUUUUCAAUUUGGCAAGGGGACCCCAUCAAAGUCUUUGACAAGAUCGUUUUUGCCAUCAGGGAUUGCAGGUGAACCGUUGCUUUUGGGUGCAUGUGUCUUGCAAGAGAACAUUCCAUGCUUGGGAUCAAACUCUUUGUUCACUCGACUUGGCGCAGUUCUGGACCUCAGCAACGAUUGGGUCACUUUCACCAAGCUAGGAGUUGGAGCAAAGAUUCAUAGAAUAGCAGGACACAUGGCAAUCAACAUUUUGGACUUCCCUGAGCGCACAUAUAACCAGAAGACUUGGGAUGAGCUCAUGUACCAGCAAGAAACACCAGACCCUGAGUUUGUUGUGUCCCUGAACCUCAAUUCGAGCGAUAGCCAUGCGCCAGCCGCCUCCUCGAUGGCUUGCAGCAUGGCGGAAGUUUAUGAUGAACAUUCGGAACAUGUUCAAGAACUUCCUCCGCCAUAUGAUGAUGAUGAUCAAUCUCAAGGCCCUGCCACGAGAUGUGUUGCAGGCCAUUCCUCCCGCAGUGCCUCCAACAGCAAAUCCCAGGACUUGCCAACACCCGACCACCAGAAGGUACGGGAACGCCCACGGCAGAUACGCCGAAUGCCUGACAUGCAGCACCAAGUGGAAAUGGAGCCAAGAAAGUUGGGUUCCACAUGGGCGAAAAGAACGCUCUGCGCACUUGCAGCCCUUGCCACCGCCGUCUUCGGCAACGAUCAGCCAACCAGCCAGUUCAGCUAUGAGGUCAAUGAGGCCCAAGGCUCUACCAAAGCCUUCGACUCGACCACCAGCUGGCUAUCCGAUGAUUGGCCCCUCCACAUCAUGGACGACUUUCAGACCAGGAGAGAUGUGGACGUCCUUCAAUCCAGGAGACAUGAGAACCGACCAUCUGACACCCAGCGAGAUGGAGGAGGUCGUCCAGAUCAUCAGCCAAGAGAGUCCAAUUGUGGAGAUGCAGCAUCGAGACGAUCUGACAUGGAUCGAAGAAGCCUGGCUGACGGAAGACAUGUAUCUGCAAGACCGAGCGCAGCGAGAAGCAGCCUCCAACCAGGCACGAUGGGAUCGACUGACCCAACUGGGAGCGAUUGGGGACAUGGAGGAAGAGAUCUACGAAUGGGAGGAAGUGGACGAGUCCCUCUAAAGAAGGGCACAUCAAAGCGGCUUCGAGGAGAAUGGAAUAAGUCAGCCAACAUACUGCAGGCUGAGGUGAACGUUUGCUCCAGAGUCACACCAGCAUGUGAUCGCCCUACUCCAAAUUGCGAUCUUUGGGAGUUGUUUGCAGGUGAGGCUCUGACUACAAAGCUUUCCACGGAAUAUCAGCUGAAUAGUCUCCAGCCCUAUGACCUUAUUUAUGGACAAGACUUCAUGCUGGAGCACACUCAGAAACACAUGCUGCAGACUGUGGAUCGUUUUCGGCCCCUCCUCGUCAUGAUGGCCAUUGAUUGCAAACACUACAACAUGUUCAACAAGAACAUGAACUACUCAUAUCGUCCGGAAGAGUGGGAAUGGCUGCAAUCAAAAGGUGCCCCGCUUAGAAUGUUGGUUUACAAGAUUGCAAAGAGACAACACUCUACAGGAAGAUUUUUUCUGAUAGAGAAUCCUCAAAGAUCAGAGCUUUGGGAAACCCAGGAAAUUCGUGAACUGCUGGAAAUGUCUGGUGUGUGGAAAGUGACCUGUGACACAGGUGCCUUUGGUAUGCAGAUCAAUGGAAAGGAUGUAUGCAAACCGAUGACCUUUGUGGGCAACAUGCCAGGGCUUGACGAAGUUUUGUCUCGCCGCCUAACACAACAACAGCGGUCUCAGUGCACACCCAUCCAAGGUGACAUGACUCGCAAGUCUCAGGCGUAUCCUGAGGAGCUCUGCAGGACCAUCCUCAAAGCUCUACUUGACCAUGUUCGCCUUCUGCAGCCACAGCGUUUUUGCCAUCGACAGCCCGGCAUUCACCAUGCACUCCCAGUUCAACAACCAAGUGAAGACCUUGCUGCUUGGGACCCGAUAUACGAUCAUGUUGACAAGGCUUUCCAACGUUCCUCAAAGAAGCCUUUCCUGAUCGAUAUUUCAAGCAGUUUUGGCAAAGCAAUCCAAGACCUCGUUAGGAUCGAUGCCAUCAAGAUCCAAGCAGUGGCCAAUCCAACUACGAGGCGCGUCCCACCCAACAUUGAUGAGUGGUACACCAGAGCCAAUGUGUUGUUCUUCAAUGAUGGACAGCGUGCAGUUGAGGUAGAAGACCUUGGAGAUCUUCGUUUUCCGAAACAACGAUUUAGCAAACCUGUCCGCUAUGGCAUUUUCAUCUAUGGCGACAGAAGGAAGAUCCCAGAAGCUGAGCCUCAACCUCAACAACAAGAACAGCCAGGUCCAUCAGUAGUCCCAGGAUUGUCCACCGAUAUUGACUUUCCAGGACUACCUUCAACAGUGCCAGCAGAAGUGAAGCGGACAGCUGCACGUUUGCAUCUGAACAUGGGUCACCCAUCUUCACAAGAGCUUUGCAGGCUUUUGGCAUACGAAGGUACCAUUCCAGAUGCUCUAUAUCAAGCAGUUCGAGCCCUUCGCUGUGCAACAUGUGAACGCCUUCGACCUCCACAGAAGGCUAGGCCUUCGACAACACCCAACAUCACGGUUGGUCAGUUCAACGAUGAGUUGCAAUCUGACAUCUGUUACUGCAAAACAGUGGACGGAACAACCUUUAUGAUCUUGGGUGCAGUAGACUGUGCAACAGGUUUUCAUCAAGCUGGCAUUUUGGGUGACAGAAGUGGUGAAGAAGUUUUUCAACUCAUGCACCGCAUGUGGUUCCAACCAUAUGGUCUGCCUUUGCGAAUCGUUUGUGAUCCUGACCCUUCCUUCAAGGGAAUGUUUCAGCACAAGAUCCAAGCGAUAGGCAUUUUGCUUGAGCACUGCCCUGCGGAAGCACAUCAUGUGAUUGGAAUGGUUGAGAGGAGGAACUCAAUUCUCCGUUUAACCUUGGAGAAGCUGAUUGAUCAGUUCGCUGCAAGCACAGUUGAACAAUGCCACGUCUUGGUGACGUCAGCAUGUCAUGCCAUGAAUGCGGCUAUCCAUACACAUGGCCGCUCAGCAUACCAGAUGGUUUUUGGCAGACAACCCAGGAUGUUGGACAGCAACUUCAGCGACUCCAUGGUUUUGGCCACCUCUUCAACAGCCAUCAAGUCAGCAGAUGAAACCAAUCUGGGCUUCAAAGCCGAGCUUGUGCGCAACGAGGCAAUCAAGACAGUGCACAAUUUGGACGUGAGCCAGCAUCUGAGAAGAGCACUUCUCCGAAAGACCAGAAUCACAAAGAUCGCUGAUCUUCAAGCCGGUCAAAGAUGUGCAUUCUGGAGAUGGAGUCGCAAAGGUGGCCCUCGAAAGCGAGGCACAUGGGUGAUUGGAAGGUUCUUGAGUUGGGACCCUUCACAUCCAGGCAAGCAAGCUUGGAUUCGCAGUGGCAAUACAACAGUCCUUGUCACUGCCGAGCAACUUCGUGCAGCCUUUGGUUAUGAAGAUUGGACACCGAGCCAGGAAGAUGUUGCCGCCUUGAAAGAUGCAGCUAAAAGCUUCUCAGAUCAUCUAUUCGAUGACCGUGGACCAGCUCCUCCAGAACAAACUCUUGAAGAUGACGAGGUCCAGGUCUUUCCAGACGCGGCUCCACCAACACCUUCCAUGAUGGUUCCAGCUACACCCGUUGCUCAACCAAGCACCCCAGCUCUACCAGCACCUAGACCAAGGACACAAUCACCAAGACCAAAUACUCCAGAUGCUGCGCGAACCACCAACAUACAAGUGCAUGUUGAUCAACCGACUCAAGUGACAAACCAAACGUUGCAAUACCAACGAUUUGGCGAUAUGCUCUCAACAAUGAGUCGCCGUGCCAGAUCCAGAACACCAACGUCAAGAAGACGACCAACGGAUCUGAGGAUUUCACCAGCUGCACAACCAGCAGCACAGCUAGAGGUUGACAAAUCGGUCCCUCCACUACAAUUAGAUGCACCGCAAUCAGAGGUAGAACCACUACCACAAACACCACCGGCAGUUUCACCACCUUUAAUGCCACCGCCACCAUCAGCAAAUACCAUUUUGGAUGCUGAAGAAGAGCCAGAUGCCAAUGACCCACCAGAAACACCUUUUCCACUGGAUGACUUCCCAGACCUCAAAGAUCCUCCAGGAGAUGAACAGCCAGAUGGGUAUGAACCAACUUCCCCAGUUUCGUCAGAAGAGCCACCAGUGCCACAACCAGCAGUGAUUGAUCUGACUGCGCCUUCACAACCGUCAGAUACGGCUAUGACAACUGGAGGACCACAAGCAGCCAGCAGCAGCUCGCUGCCCCAACUGCCACAGAAAAGGAACUUUGAAGCCAUGAUUUCAUUGAUUCCAACAGGAGAACAUCAAUUUCACAGACCACAUGCUCAUUGGGAUGGCUCACCACCCAUCGGAUAUGGUCCUCGGCUGAAUCGUUUUCAUCAAGCUUAUUUGUCAACGGUAGAACGAAAAGAGGACGUCGCUGACAUCCAGAAACCAGCCGAUGAGUCAGAUACCACCAAUGACUCAGACACCGAUGAAUCAGAUGAUGAAAGCAAUGCAGCAGCAACCACAAAGAGUGCACGCCUUCAACCAGUCCGACAGCAAGGCACCAAUGCUAAGACUCAUCAGUCUCAGCCUGUUCCUGCGUACAAACAGGGCAUGACACGGCAGGAGGUCAAAGCUUUAGACAGAGAGCUGCCUUGGAGAAGCAUUCUCAGCAUGCCUGCCAAGUACGUGGACAAGUUUUUGGAGGCGAUUUCCAAAGAAGCACUUGCCUGGCAGCAAUGGCAAUCAGUGCAGCCAUUGUCAGACGCCGAAGCUGAACAAGUGUUUCGAGACCCUAAGCUGUCUCGGAGGAUUUUGCCCAGCCGAGCAUGCUACCGCGACAAGAGCUGCGGAAUCGGAGAGAUUCGACCCAAAUGUCGAAUUGUUGCACUUGGCCAUUUAGAUCCAGAUUUAUCUCAAUUGUCACGCAAUGCUGCCACUCCAGGUCGUACUGCAGAACAUGUGAUGUUUUUGAUGAUUGUAGCUGGAUACAAUGGAUGUUUGUUCGAUACCUCAUUUUCUUGGGUUGGCUACAUUGGGGAUGCGAAGACUGCCUUUCUUCAGGGAAUGCAAGACCCCAAAGAACGAGCAGGACCACUGUUUUUGAAGCCACCAAGAGAUGGACUUAUCGCCCAGACAAACACCUGGACUGCCAAGUUGUAUCAAAUUCAUGGCAACAUCUAUGGACUUGCGAACGCGCCAGUGACGUGGCAGAAGGAAGUGAUAAAGCGACUGCAUUCCAUUUCAUUUCAACAACAUGGUUUCGACCGUCAACUGUUUGUGAAAAGGAAUGAACAAGGACAGAUUGUAGCUGCGAUUUUGACAUACGUCGAUGAUUUUGUCAUUUUGCACCGAGAAGACUAUGACAUCAAGGAAGUUUUUGCCCUUUUUGAGUGGGGAUCGCUGGAAAAGAUGGAACUUGAUAAGCCAGUGACCUUCAAGGGGAAAGAGCUGACCCUAUGUCGUGACAAUCAGUCCAAAAAGGUUGACAUGAAAAUCACUAUGAAGAAGUUCAUUGAUGGUUUGGACUCUGGAAAAGUACAGCGUGGUCGCCCACCUGAUGCCAAACUGACCCCAGAGGAACAGAAAGAGCUCAGAAGUGUGUGUGGCUGCCUCCAAUGGCUUGCAACACAGUGCCGUCCAGAGGUUGCUGCGUCUGUGAGUUUGACACCACAUGGAGCAGAAGCAUGCGUUUCUGACCUUAAGGCUCUCUAUGUGACCAUGGAGUUCAUUAAGCAAACACCUGAUCAAGGACUUUUGAUUCCAUGCGUCCCACUGAACCGAGAUUCCGUAGUUGCAGUGUACAGUGAUUCCUCAUGGAACAAUGCACGCAAAAGCGGCAGCCAAAUUGGAACUUUAACUGGCGUUACCACUCCACAAGUUUUUGAGUCAGUUAGCAGCUUCGCAACAGUAGACUGGAAGAGUAGCAGAUCGCCCCGAGUCUGUAGGUCUACGUUGGCCUCUGAAGCCACAGCUGCGGACGAAGCCGCAGACCGCGGAAUGUUUUUGAACCUUUUUCUGAGUGAACUGAUGUGGAACAUUCCUGCUCACAGGGUUGGAUCUAGGCUCGAUGUUGUUCACGCUGUUGAUGCCAAAUCACUUUAUGAUGCCGUGAUCUCAGAGAACCCCAGCUUGAACGACCGUAGAACUUUGGUGUCUAUCAGGUCCAUCCAAGAACAACUUCCUGUUGAUGCCAUCCGUUGGGUUCCUACUGAUGUGCAAUUCAGUGAUGGUUUGACAAAGAUAGAUGCCAAGUUGCGAGACCGAUUUGCCGAGUGGUUGCAACGCCCAGUUUGCAUUAUGACGAAAGAUGCACAAGCCAAAGAAAAACAUACCCGUGAAAGUGUUGAGCCGUGGAUUUCACACAUCUUGCUUGCUGCCAAUGGGCUUCGCCUCAACGGCGUAGAACUCCUCGGCUGCCAGCUGAAGGUUGGCAGACCGAAGGGCUACACUGGGCCGGAAACAGGUACUCCUCAGGCGACCUCGACACCUUCGCUCGGGGAUCUGAUGGCACAACAUGGUGCUUUGGGCAAGACGCUUGCGCUGCCUGGAAUGCCUGGACAGCCACAUUCUGCCAUAGACAGCCGCCUGUGUUUGUGCUGUAUCCCCACUUUCGUAAGUGAGGAGCGAAUCAAAGAAUUGCUGAUCACCUUCGGACAGCUCAAGUUUUAUGCGCUUCAGAAGGACGAAGAAGGCAAAUCAGUUGGAGUUGCCUUCUUUGAGUAUCAGGAUAUGAUGACUCAACAGCAGGCCCAAGUAGCUCUGGAAGGCCUAGAAUUGGGCAACAACAAGCUGAAAGUUCUGAAACCCGAUCAAGUCAUUGAACUUGGCCUGGUGAACAGAGAACAGAAGCUAGGUGCCCGUGUGGUGCCGAGCAAGGUGCUUUACUUGAAAAACAUUGUGUCAACAGAGGACCUUGCCGACGAGACCGGGUACGCUGAGAUUUGCACCGACAUUCGCUUGGAAGCUGAGAAGUUCGGCGCAGUAGUCUCGAUUGAGGUUCCCCGCGGGGGCGGCGGUGGUGCUGGCGGCGGGAGCGGUGGCGGUCUGAACAACGCGCUGCCUGCGCCUGCAGGUCCUCUCGCGCUCACCAACGCCCCUACAGAGGAACCCAAGCCUUCGGCGGCACCGGCGGCUUUGCCUGCCCCUACACUGCCGGACCUGUCCAUGGCUCUGGUUCCCAUCGGUGGGCAGCUUGCAAAGCCUGGAACGGGAACUGGCGAUGGCACUGGUGGAACAGGUGCAUCUGGCCCUGUGGACCCCAAUACGCCUGGCUUCGGCUACGCAUUCAUCGAGUUUGCAAACAUAGAGGGCAGCUCGAAGGCAAAGAAGGCCUUGAACGGUCGGCGAUUUGGGCGCGGCUCCUCAGAGAAAACUUCUUGA